AUGUCUCUCAAGAACGAUGCUGAUUAUCUCACUCAAGACAGUGAGGAAGAAAACAGCCCCAGUGUCUCCACUGCCAGGACGUCCAACAAGAAGCCCACAUCCGUGAUGGGCAACAGCAAGGGAGAAUUUUGGAUCCCCACUCCCCCUUCCUCCUCCUCCUCCUCCUCUGACGAGGAUGACAAGAGCGAUAAGGAAGAGAAGAUAGAUAAGAAGUGGACCCCUCCCACCACCAAGAAGACCAAGAAAAAACGCAAGUUCUCCAGUGCAUUCACUCAGGACGAAGAUGCCCCAGCGGUCAAGAAGAAACCAAUGCAAUCUGUUUCCUGGGACAGGAAGAUGGAGACACCUGCCCCUCGAUUUGGUAAGCCCCAAGAGCACUCCUGGAAGAACUCUGCCCACAAGAACAAGUCCGAGAGCAAGAAGCGUCCUGUUGUCAAGAGCGUCAACAAGAGCAAGACCCUCAGCAAGAGCAUCAACAAGAGCAAGACACCCAGCAAGAAGGAACCGGUUGAAAAGAAACAGGAGUCCACCGACGACGACUCUGAAGUGGAAAUUGUGGCUCCUCCCAAAGGAUACCAGCCUGUCAAGGUCAAGAGCAAAAAACCCAUGCUGGUGGAUUUCAAAGCAAACGAUCCCAAGAAGAAGAACAAUGCUGUGAAGGCUCUUCAAGAGGACUCUUCCGAUUCUGAUUCCGACGACAGUGUUUUACAGCAUCUCAUUUUCAGCAGGCCGUCUGAUAAGUUCAGGCAUCGCAAAAUGUCUGAGAGAGCUGAGAAGGCUCGCAAGAAGAUCACAGUAAACGUCCCUGGACUGGCUUGGAGACAGAUGCUCGAUGCCCAUACUGGCACCAGUCGCGAGCUAUCGAAGGUUUCUAGCGAAGUAUCCAGGAUGAAUGGAGAAGUGUCCAAGAUGAACAAGAAGCUUGAAGAAGCGAUGAAAAUGCUGGGGGCUGUUCCAAGCAAUACUUCAACAGACAUUGUCAAUAAGACAAGCCGUGCCUUACGUGAUGUCGGAGAAGCACUCAACACGGUGACUAUGACGGUGGAAACUAGGAUUGAUCGUAUGGAGACUCGAGUGAUGACAAAGAUGAAGGAUUCAACUACAGACUUAAAGAGGCACACAACACAGAAGUGUAACAGCAUGGACGCUUCUACAACAACAACUUCCACUUCAACAUCAAGUGGACGCAGCCGUGACAGCCUUCCAACCAAUGCUGGCUCCCUCACCUCCACUGAACAUGUUCUGGAAAGGAUGGAUUCCCAGGACGGUAUCCUCAACCACAUGGACGGCCAAAUCGAUUGGCUUCUUGAGAUGGUUCAAGGUAUCCAAGCCAAGUGCCCGGACCACAGUGGCAAAGGAGGCAAGUCGGGCCCACCCAGCUCCAUCUCUGAAGGGAGCUCACAAGAUGGCACUGGGACCUACACUCGCAACCAGCGCGAACAGGAACGCCGCAGAAACUCCACUGGUGGUAGUGGUGGUGCUGCUGGUGGCAAUCGGUAUGUUUCCAUGACAGUCAACCAGUACUCUAGGAAUGCUGGUGUCGCUGGUACUCCCUUUCAGAAAGCUCCCCCUUCUGUUGCCCCGUAUUCUGCUCCAGCAGCGAGUGCCCCGUACGCCCCACCUGCCUUUUCGUUUAAGAGGGUAUCUGAGGUUGUUCCUUUCCAGGGGGCUCAACUAACCCAAUCAAUGCCGGUCAAGACCACUACAGCAGGUGCUUUUAACGGUGGUAUGACACAGCUUGGACAAGACAACAACAAAGAGAACGGAGAGAACAGUGGACCAAGCACUGAGGCGACUUACCGUGUCGAUGUCUAA